UGGCGGAAGUAAACAAAAGAUGACGUCAGAACAUGCGCAAUUUAUAGUUCCGUAAUAUAUUUUCCACAGACAGAAGUCAGAGAAGACGAAAAUUAUGCCACUUUUCACCCCUUCUACGCCUUUCGACGGUGAUGUCGAAAAGGCAACCAGUGAAAUGAAUACAGAAGAGAACUGGGCUGUUAUAAUGGACAUAGUAGAUAAAGUAAACACCACCAAUGGAUCAAAAGAUUGUUUGCAAUCCAUUGCCAAAAGACUGAAUCACCGUGUCCCAUUUGUGGCAAUGCAGGCAUUAACGCUCCUGGAUGCUUGUGUCAACAACUGUGGUAAACCUUUCCAUUUAGAAAUAUCCUCUAGAGACUUCAUCUCGGAAUGUCGGACUCUGAUAAACCAAAAAGCCCAUCCUAAAGUAGCUCAGAGGUUAAAGUUGAUGAUCAAGAAGUGGGCCGAGUCUAAGGAAUUUAGAGAUGAACCUACGUUAAGUUUGAUACCAUCCUUUUACAACAGUUUGAAAUCUGAGGGUGUAGAUUUCAGUGAUCAAGAUGCCCCAGUAAAGAAGUCCACACAGUUAAGCAGCAAUCCCGAUGUUGCAAAUAGCCAACAGGAGGAAGAUGAUUUAGCAAAAGCAAUAGCCCUUUCCUUAAGAGAAUCAGAGAAAUCAACAACCAAGACCACAAGUUUGUAUCCUACAGGAUUUAAUUCCUCUGCUAUUUAUGCCACCAGUAGUAAACCCAAAGAAGUCAGAAAGGUUCGAGCCUUAUAUGACUUUGAAGCUGCUGAGGAUAAUGAGCUGACAUUUAAGUCGGGAGAAUUCAUUAGUGUCACUGACGACAGUGACACAAACUGGUGGAAAGGCUUCAACCAUCGAGGAGAGGGGCUGUUCCCCGCCAACUUUGUCACCUCAGACCUGACAGUAGAGCCUGAAGAAUCCAAAGCAGAAAAAGCUGUAUCAUUUAAGGAGGAGGUUCAGGUUUUGGAUUUUGAAUCCGAUGAAGUGACAAUUGAUGAGGGUAAGAUUGACGAGGUGUUACAGCUGAUACAGAAUGCUGAUCCCACGGGAGAAACACAGCCAGACUCCACCGAAAUGUUACGACUGGAGAACCAGUGCUCCAGAAUGGGCCCUCUCAUUGACACUGAGUUAGAGAAAAUUGACAAAAAACAUGCCAGUUUAUGUGAAUUAAAUUCUAAAGUGGUAGAGGCAAUGCAGUUGUAUCACAACUUAAUGAAAGAGACCCCUGCUCCUUAUGGCUACAAAACUCAACAUCCUGCUGCUCCUAUGAAUUACAACUUUCCCAGUCAGUCAGUGUAUAAUGGUCAACCCCAGUUUCAGCCUGGGCCCGGUCAGAUGCCACCUAGUACUCUACCACAGGGAUCCAUACCCGUGGGACAGAUGCCCUUACCCCAGGGAUCAAUGCCACAAAAUCUGGGCAUGAUUCCCCCAAAUGUACAGAUGCCACAGAAUCAAAUGAAUUCAUCAGUUCCUCAGCAAAUGUCCAUGAAUCCACAGAAUUACAUGCCACAAGUACCCAGUAGUCAACCUUACAGUUCCUCAUCUGAUUCAAGUAUGAAUGCUUACAAUCCAUCAGUUCAAUCCCAGAGUGCAAUGCCUCCCUCCCACAACCAAUCAAUGCCACAGCAAGUUUCCUCGGCCCAGAGCGGGGCCCCUCAACAGAACUUUCAAUACACAAUGUCACAAAUGGACGGUAGACAGUUUUACCAGCCUCCACCCCAACAACAGCCCCUCUUAUGAAAUCAGUGAUUCUGUCUUGUUAUUCACACAUUUUGUUGUUUUCAGUGUUACAUACAAACGUCUACUUCAUAAGAUACAGGUUACAGCAUUUCCGUGUCCAUGUUUCUUGCAUAAGUAACACAUGUAGUUGAGAAACAACUACAUUUAUAUAUACAUAUAUGUUUUAUAUUUAAGGUGGCAUAACAAUAUGUAUGUACAUGUAAGUUAUUUAUACUUGUACAGAAGAAUCAUCUUUGUGUAAAUGAACAUUUGUUUUAAAGCAUUUCUAAGUACAUUGAAUUCAGUGUACUUGCUGUAUGUGAGGUUAAUAACAAGAUUUAUAUGAGGAAGAGUUUAAAUCAGUGCAUGAGACGCUUUGAAGUUUUCUGUGUAUUAACGAAGUACACUGUACAAAUGUUAUGCAGCUGUUUGAAGCUGAUGUCUGCUUUUUUUUCUAAAUACAUGUUUAUGAGAAGAUAUUUGUUGGGGAAUGUAAAAAAAUUUUAGCAGUAAAAUAUUGCUUAGUACUUUUGUCUGUCAUUCAAGAUCUUCAUCCUUAAUGAAAAAAUUACAUUCUUACUGUUGGAAGAUGAAAUUGAGUAAAAAUUUUGUCAUAGGAUUCGCAGCAUUAUAUUUUAGAAUGUAUAUGGUGUAUGACUUGUGCAGUAAUUUCAUUUUUAUUCUAAAUGAUUCCUCUGUUUCAAACACCUCUCCUGCUUGGUACUUGGUUCAUUGAUAUCCUCAAUAAAUUAUUAUUCAUCAAUAAACACAAAAGAACAUGUAUUUGUUCACAUGCAGUCAGUUUUUGAUUGUACAUGUAAGUAAUUUUCACAUUUCUUUGAAUGUAUAUUGUAUGUUGUUAAUGUACAGGUACAAUGUAUGUAUGAUGGGGCAGAUUGUUCUGUCACCUUGGCAAGCUGUGAUACAGAUGAGUGAUACUGUAGGGAAUAUAGAUCUCGGAUACAAAAAUCAUAUGUAGCAUGUGCUUGUAAAAAGAUAUACUGUCUGCUUGAAAUGACUGUUUAGAAGGCUUUUUUUUUGAUAGUCUAAAAGCAACAGAAAUAUUUUUGUCUUGAUUAAUAGAAUUGUACCUUGAACAAAAAAUUAAUACAAAAUUUGAACAACAGAAGCUGUGCCUUCGUAGAAAAAAAACAACUUUUUUUAUACUUAAAAAAAAAAAUAGCUGAUUUAUAUCCAUAAGAAGUUGAUAAAAAGUUAAAAUAUUACAGACUUUCUGUAUGUUUUUUUUUUGCAGGCUAUUUGCAGCCAUUAUCAUUUUAGUCCUAUAGGGAUAUAUGUUGCAUAGAGAAGGAAUUAAUUAAAGAAAUUCCUUCAGCUAAAUAGAUUUGACCUAUUUCUAAAUGCCUUUGUGUAGAUGUUUAACUUCCAUGUACUGUACAUGUUGCUGUUAAUUGUUGUUCUGAGUAAAAGUUAUGAAUGGGCAGAUGUUUGACAUAAUCUGUAAUCUGGAAUACACAGUGAUACAACAUUAUUAAAGACUCUUCAUUUUUGAUUUACUAAUAUACAAAUAUUCUGACCAUGAAAAUAAUUGUGCAGGCUUGAGGAAGUUACAGCUACAAAUUAAACAGUUUUUAAUGAUUUGGACAAUGUUUUGAGAUGGAAAGUAAAUUAUAUUAUUGAA